AUGCGUAAUUGGCGAGCUGCUUCCUUUGCUCGGUUCCUCGACAAGAUCAAGCAGAUUCUUCUACAGGACAUGUCGGGUGCGGAGUGGGAAGUUAUAUCUGGAGAUGACUUCGAACAAGAAGAGGCGGUGCUUGUAGGCGGCUCCAGAGGUUCCCGUGCAGCCACUUCGGUCGGCUCAUCUUCCGUCAAGCGAGGCGCUGAGGCUGAGGAUGUCACCGGAGAGGAUGGCAACAAAGGGUAUUUGAAGUUGAAAAGCCGUACAGCAGAGGGCGGACGAUUGUAG